ACACAGAAUUGAGAGUAAAACCCAGAGAGAGACUUGUUUAAAGGAAGCAGCAAUGGACCUGAUCCCAAACUUUUCCGUGGAAACCUGGAUGCUCCUGGCUACCAGCCUGGUGCUCCUCUACCUAUAUGGAACUCAUUCACAUGGAAUUUUUAAAAAGUUGGGAAUUCCUGGGCCCAAACCUUUGCCUUUCUUGGGGACGAUUCUUGCUUACCGGAAGGGCUUCUGGGAAUGUGAUAUACAAUGUCAUAAAAAAUAUGGGAAAAUGUGGGGGUUGUAUGAUGGUCGACAGCCUGUUCUGGCUAUCACGGAUCCAGACAUAAUCAAAACAGUGCUGGUGAAGGAAUGUUACUCCACCUUCACAAACAGGCGGAACUUUGGUCCGGCGGGGAUUUUGAAAAAAGCCAUCUCUGUAUCUGAGAAUGAAGAAUGGAAGAGAAUCAGAGCCCUGCUGUCUCCAACCUUCACCAGUGGGAAGCUCAAGGAGAUGUUCCCCAUCAUUAACCAGUAUACAGAUGUGUUGGUGAAAAACAUGAGGCAGGGAUUAGAGGAAGGAAAGCCCACCAGUAUGAAAGACAUCUUUGGGGCCUACAGCAUGGAUGUGAUCACAGCCACCUCAUUUGGAGUGAAUGUUGAUUCCCUCAACAACCCACAGGAUCCUUUUGUGGAAAAAAUCAAGAAGCUCUUAAAAUUUGAUAUCUUUGAUCCACUGUUCCUCUCAGUGACACUCUUUCCAUUCCUUACCCCAGUAUUUGAAGCACUAGAUGUCUCCUUGUUUCCAAGAGAUGUCAUAAACUUUUUUAAAACUUCAGUAGAAAAAAUGAAAGAGAACCGCAUGAAAGAGAAAGAAAAGCAAAGAGUUGAUUUUCUUCAGUUGAUGAUAAACUCCCAGAAUUCCAAAAUCAAAGACUCUCAUAAAGCAUUAUCCGAUGUGGAGAUUGUGGCGCAGUCAGUUAUCUUUAUUUUUGCUGGCUAUGAGACAACUAGCAGUGCUCUUUCCUUUGUUUUGUAUUUGCUGGCCAUUCACCCUGAUGUACAGAAGAAACUACAGGAUGAAAUUGAUGCAGCUCUUCCCAAUAAGGCACCUGCCACCUAUGAUACCCUGCUACAGAUGGAGUAUUUAGAUAUGGUGGUGAAUGAAACUCUCAGAUUAUAUCCAAUUGCUGGAAGAAUUGAGAGAGUCUGUAAAAAAGAUGUUGAAAUCAAUGGGGUGUUCAUUCACAAAGGGACUGUGGUGAUGAUACCAACCUUUGCUCUUCAUAAAGACCCGAAUUACUGGCCAGAGCCUGAGGAAUUCCGCCCUGAAAGGUUCAGCAAGAAUAAUCAGGACAGCAUCAACCCUUACGCAUACCUGCCCUUUGGGAACGGACCCAGGAACUGCAUUGGCAUGAGGUUUGCUCUCAUGAACAUGAAAGUUGCUCUUGUCAGAGUCCUGCAGAACUUCUCCUUCCAACCCUGCAAGGAAACUCAGAUCCCUUUGAAAUUAAGCAAACAAGGACUUCUUCAACCAGAGAACCCACUCCUUUUAAAAGUUGUGUCCAGAGACGAGACCAUUAGUGGAGCUUGA